AUGGUUUCAGACGCGUUUGCAGACCGCAAGUUCAAGAAGCUAGUUCUAUUCGAUGUCGAUGGAACGCUUUCUCUGGCGCGUCAGAGUGCAUCGCCAGAGAUGAUCGCACUCCUCCGAGACCUGCGAAAGCUCAGCGCUAUCGGUUUCGUUGGAGGGUCAGAUAUGGUUAAGAUCCUAGAACAACUAGGCUCAAAUGCUACUGAAGAAUUCGACUAUGCGUUCGCUGAGAAUGGGCUUACUGCAUACAAGUUUGGGAAACCACUAGAGUCCCAGUCGUUCAUCAAGUUUGUGGGCGAAGAACGAUACAAGAAGCUGGUUUCGUUCAUUCUCCAUUAUAUCGCCGACAUGGAUAUUCCGAUCAAGCGAGGGACGUUUGUCGAAUUCCGCAACGGGAUGAUUAAUGUUAGCCCAAUUGGCAGAAACGCGACCAUCGCAGAACGACUCGACUUCCAAGCGUAUGACAAGGAACACGGCCUCCGAGAGAAAUUUGUGAAGAUCCUGCAAGAGAAAUUCGCAGACUACGGUCUUACCUAUUCCAUUGGUGGUCAAAUAUCAUUCGACGUUUUCCCCCAUGGAUGGGACAAAACCUACGCACUAAACCACGUUCAGGACGAAGGGUUUGAAGAGAUACAUUUCUUCGGCGACAAGACCUACAAGGGUGGAAACGACUACGAAAUCUUCUCUGAUCCUCGUACAAUAGGGCAUACGGUCUCUAGUCCAGCAGACACCCAGCGAAUACUCAAAGAAAUGUUCUUCCAAAGCUAA